AAGUUUGGAAUUCCGGAGUUUCUCAAUGGAAUAGGGAAAGGAGUUGAAACUCAUGUUGCCAAGCUCGAAUCUGAAAUCGGAGACUUCCAUAAACUUCUCGUCACGCGAACUUUGAAGCUCAAGAAGCUAGGCAUUCCUUGUCAACAUAGGAAGUUGAUCUUGAGCUACACCCACAAGUUUAGGGUGGGCCUCUGGAGGCCUAGAGCCGACCUUUUGAAAGCAAAAUAAAGCGAAAAAGCGUAUUGCUACCCACCCACCGGAGGGCACGCCGACAGUAUUCAGUUGAACAGGAUCAACGAGAUUAUAAUUUUGGGGAUCUUUAUAAGGAUCAAAGUUCCCAAAUCCUUGGCCGACAACGAAGAAAUCAUAGCCAUGGAGAUGAAGAGGGUGGCUCUCAAUGCUCAAAAUGCUAGUACCCUGCAAGAUGACCUCCACACUAGCAUUAAAGGGAAGCACCACAACUUUUGUUCCAUUUGAAACAUAAGUUAUAUUUGGCGGUGUACCGGUAUAAUUAAAUGGAUUAGGAGGCAGUCUUGGAAAAUCAGCUGUGUAGACCCCAUUAGAUUUUCUAAAGUAAUAGGCUUGAAGAAUUGCUGUUGAAGGUAAAACAAAAGAAUUAUUGUUAAUAGAGGCUGAAAAUUUCGUGCCAUUAGGUCCUUGGCAUGUCUGAUUUAUCGGGCAUGGGUUGGUUCCGAGACCUAUUGUGAAGAAAAAUUUCUUGUCAACUUUUUGAGGAACAUUAAUCGGGUAUUGAGCAGUGACCAAUCUGCGGAGUCUGCUAGUAUAACUCGUAGCAGUGUUUGUCGAAUUGAUAGGAGGUAGCGAUGGUCUAAUGAACGCAGGUCCUUUGCAUUUGGAAGAAUAAUCCGGUAAAGUUUCAUACUCCAGAAUUCCGGCAACAGUUGUAUUGUCGAUUUGGCCUUGAGAAGUCGAAUAAGGUCUAGCUAACAUCAAGAACUUUUCUUUAGGGGCUAUAGGUUUUGUUUUAAGGAGGACAUUUGUUGUCUGACCAGCCGAAAGGAGCAAAAAAUCAGUUUCGAAAGGCUUAACGUAACUCGCAUCAGCUUCGACUACGGUAAGACUAUGGUUAGCUAUGGUGAAGAAGAGGUCAUGCUCAAGUGCAGCAUUGAUAAUUCUGAGUAGAUAUCUCUUCUUUGGUUUUACCCUUAGCCUGAAUGUAUCUGUAAAGAGACAAAGAUAUCAAAUACAAUGGCAAGUAUGAAA